GGAGCUGAAUUUUUCGAGUUUGUUGUUUACUAACAUUACGGACGGUAGAGUAUUGUCUCUAAUAAGAAAACCAUAAGGGUCAUGUGGCAUUAAAUGUGUUAGUAACCUCGCGAGUUGAUUACCCGAAAGUUUCAGAUCUUUGAAUUGAAGUUUGAUUUGACGCGUGGGUUAGAAUUAUCAGUGUAGUAAUAAAGUUGUUAAAACUACGGUCACAAGUCAGUAUACAAUUACAUUAUGAGUGAAAUGAAUGGAAACAUACUGAGUUUGCUAAAGCAAUGUUGUUCACUUCAAGAAGAAAGAGCUCACACUUACCAUCUGUUCCAAGAAGCCCACAAGAUCUAUCUAAAGACUGCCCCACAGUAUGACUUUGUUCGCUUUCGUCAGUUAGUUCACGAGAUAACUCAAGAGUUCAAAAGAAUCUCAGAAGGAAUGAUAAGUAUUGAACAGCGUUUGAGAACAGAGUUCAAAUCUUCUCAUUUGGCUGAUAUUCUUUCUCAACUGCAAGAAGAAGAAAAGACAAAACUAGAACUAACUGCCAAACUCCAACUUGCCAAGCAAAGUGUCAUUGACCACCCAGAGGAACCAGAGAGACAGGCAGUGGUCAUUGACCUGAAGCAAAGACUAGGAGAUGUAGUGAUAAAGAUCAAUGAAUAUUUAGAAGAGUUGAGAUACCAGAUGCAGGAGCUGUAAGUACAGUCUUAACUGCUGUACCUGCCUUCUUUCAUAAAAUGAAAAAGUUAAUGGGCUAUAAUGCAGUGUUCUCACUUUUUUCAUUGUCUUAAUAACUCAUGUUUGUUUUUAAAAAAGGCUAGAUUAUUUAUCAAGAAUAUAAAGUGAUCAUUUUAAUAAUAAUAAUAAAAAAAAAAUACAAAACUAUUUAAACAUCAUCCUUAAAGAGAAUAUGAUGCAUUAAAUUCAUCAUUACACUGUAACCCAAGAAAGCAGAGGAUAAAUUGUUUUAAUUCUCUGUGAUGGUAAUUAAUGAAGUUUGUAUCACAUUUUCACAUGGAAUACAUUCCAUUUACCUUGUAUCUAAAUCUUGGAAAAUAAUAUUCAAUUUUCGAUGACAUUCGUAAAUAAACAAAAUAAAAAUAUUAACUUAGUUUACUAAGAUUUGGCUAACUUCUACAGUGAAAGCUAUAUUUUUGUGCAUGUACGUGUAUGAAAAGUAUUUUAAAAACAAGUUAAAAUUAUCAUCUGUGUAUUACUGAACAAUAAACUGAAGUAUUUAAAAUCCA